UUUAGUAAACCAAUUUAAAAAUUCACAAUAAAGAUUUUGACAUCAAAAAGACGUGCAAUUUGUGCGAGAAUUUUGGAUCAGGGUGCUCUUUGUUUCUAAUGGAUCCCACGGUUUCUAGGUCUGCCGAACUUACAGCAACAAAACCUGUAUCUCUCUCCAAUGUCCCAAUCUCUGCUGGUGAGAACACACAAACUGUGAAUAAUUUGGGAAAUCCUGUGUUCUCAUGCCCAAAAAAUAUAAAUAGUAUAAGCACGGCUCAAACAUCCACAUUGACAGCAAGUGAAGAUGUUUUUCAAGGUUAUAAUGCAAAAACACAACAUCCAAUGUACAUGACAAGUUCAAUGGAAUAUGGUUCAAGACAGCCUACAGUUCAUACAAUGCCAACAACAUUUCAUGCAAAGAAUCAGAAAUUCUCAGAACAUCUUGGAACAUGUGGGAUGUACAGAGAUCAUUCAUUGAACACUGCAAUGGACAAGAGUGUUGUUUGAUUCUUGUAAAAAUAAUAACAGAUAGUGUAAAUAAUGGAAAUAAUCUGAAAAGAAUCACGUUUGAAACAUCCAGUCUGUUCCAUAAUUUUGUAAUUGGAU